AUGUCAGAUAAAACACGGUCUCAGCUCAUUGCGCUGACGGUGGGACUGGUGAAACGGUACACCCUCAUCAACCCCGUCGAUGCCACCACCAAACGGUUUGGUUUCCGGUGUCCCGUGUGUGAUCUCACCUACCAAGAUAAUCUCAAGUUACUCGACCAUUUCAACAGCUACCAGCAUAAAGCCAAAGCUGGCAUUACCACUGCUGCUUCCACUGAAGGGGAAGUCGAGCCAGGGGUACCACGAGCAUCGUUUGCCACUGUGGUGGAGACGAUGGAGCAAUUGAUCGCCGAACGGGUCAAUUCUCGUGACCCUAAAUACGAGGAACGAGAACGCCAACGGCGUCAAGUGAUUAACGAGCAAAGAAAGCAACGGCGGAAGUUAAAGCGAACGCACGGAGACACGGAAGCGAGCGCCGAAGUGGAAGCGGCGCUUGGGUUUGGCUCGUUCGGUAAACGCCGAAAAUGA